AGUGACUGUAUGUUGAAAUUCACGCUGAUAUUAUGGAUAUUCACUGAAGCAGAAAAUCUUAAACAAAGACUAAAUAAAGCUGGGUAUAUAAGGCAAGAAUAUUGUUAUAUUCUUAUACCACAUAAGUGUUCAUUUACUUUAUCACAGUGUUUAAACAUUUAAAUAUUUCGGAUCAUAUUUUAAAACAAUGUUUCGUUGUUGAAAGGUUCAAAAAAAGUUUCAUUUGUGGUAUACAAGACCUCUAUGCAAGAGUACAGUAAAUAUUCGGAGCGAUUUACACACUGGAGUCAAUGUACACUUUCUCUGUAGAUACAAAAACUAUAAGAUGAUAAAAAUGUUUUUCACGAGAAGGAUCCAGUAUACUUUUCUUCAUUUGAUAGCAACAAGUAUAUUUGGUGUACUAUAUGCUGAAGAUUCAAUGACUUCAUUGGCAACAAUUUCAUCAGAAUCUUCUAUGUUGUCAGAUGGUGCAACUUCAUUGGCAACAACUUCAUCAGAAUGUUCUUCUAUGCUGUCAGAUGGUUCAGCUUCAUUGGCAACAACUUCAACAGAAUUGUCUCCUAUGUUGGAAAAUGAUACAACUUCGUUGACAACCGUUGCUUUAUCGACAUUAGAAAUGUCUGCAUUUACCGGAACGAGCCCAUCCACUUAUUUUACAUAUGAAACUUCCCAGAUAGCAGAUUCAUUAACGUCGUCAGCUACCGGUGCUAAUUUACCUCCGUCUAGUUUUGUACCUGAUUUUGCAUCUCAAGAUACGAUUACACCCUUGUCAUCCGUUGUCGAUGAAUCCUUAUCAAUUUCAUUUGGUAUGCCAUCCUCAACUGCGAUAGAGAACGAAUCUUUUUCAACUUAUCUAACACCAGUAUUAUUUAACACUGUAAGUGAAUUUGCAUCUACUGCUAUAACACCAUCACCUACAAUGGCAGACGCAUCUUCGUUUCAAGACAUAUCAAUGUCGUUGUCUAUUGUUACAUCCAACAGUGUAAUGACAUCGAUAUAUACACAUGAAUCUUUACAAAGUGAUGAAAUGAUAUCGUCAUCUUCAGUUGUAGAUAAUGUAUCUAGUGUACUAGAGUCAUCAUCUGCUUUCGUAAGCGACUCUUUGUCGAGCGAUGUAAUAACACAAUUGUCUGCGACCGUAACGUCAUCACCCACAGACGUAAUGAAUGCCUCGUUUACUGUUGAGUCGGGGUCCUCAUCCACAUAUGUUAUGUCAAUAUCGUCUAUGAUUGUGACCGAUGCUCCAUCAUCUCCAUCACCAGCAGAUGUAUCAACCCCGUCUGCCACGAUAGGCAUGUCGUUAGAUACUGAAACUAUGUCAUCAUCGUCUGUAUUUAUUGAUCAGUCUUCGUCCACUAAUGUAAUAACACUCCAAUCUACUGCUGUGGCAGAAUCGUCAUCUCAAUUUUCAACUGAAUUGACUAUCACUGUUGACGAAUCGUCAUCUACAAAUUUCAGUGCUGCAUCGUCAACCGUUAUGGAUGAGUCUUCAUCUACUGCUGUAAUGUUACAAUCGUCUACGGUUGAGGUGGGGUCUUCAUCAACUUAUGCUGUGUCGACAUCAUCUAUGAUUAUUACCGGGUCUUCAUCCACUGGCGUAAUGUUACUACCGUCUACUGGUAUGGGCGAGUCUUCAAGUACUGGUGAAAUGUCAUAUUCAUCUACCGUUGUCGACGGGGUUUCAUCCAUUUAUAUAAUGUCCCUAUCAUCUUCCACUAUUACUGAGUCUUCAUCCUCUGAUAUGAUGUCACAAUCGUUCCCUGCUAAUAUAGGAUCUUCGUCCUAUGUUAUGUUACCAUCGUCUAUGAUGAUGCUAGAAUCUUCAUCUACAGGUGAAAUGUCACUGUCGGUUAGCUUUAUUGGCGAGUCAUCAAGUAUUGAUGUAGUGUCACCAUUGUAUACAGAUGCGACCAUGUUUCAAUCUUCUAAUGUACUGUCAGCACCGCCUACCAAUAUGGGAGAGUCUUUACCUUCUGACGUAAUGUUAUCAUCGUUUAGUGCUGUGACAGAUUCUUCGUCCACUUUUAUGAUGUCAUUAUCGUCUUUUGUUAUUGACGAGGCUAUAUCAACUGAUGUAAUGUCACCUUCGUCACUCGUUGUCGAAUCUAUAUCCUCCAAUGUAAUGACACCAUCAUCUACCGUAGCAGCAGAAUCUUUAUACACUACUGCAAUAACACCCUUCUCUACAAAUGCAUUAGAAUCUGCAGAUGUAUUUGAACCCUCUUCUACCAUAAUACAUGUGUCACCAUCGUCUACCGUUUUAGGUGAAACCUCUUUAUCUAUAGAAUUUGGAUCUACAUCCAUUGACGUUAUGGCAUCAUCAGCUACCUUCAUGGGAGAAUUUUCAUCUGCAAAUGUAAUAACAACAUCCUCUAUGAUUGUGGACCAAUCUUCAUCGACUUAUGUUAUGUCACCACCAUCUGCCAUUGUCGACUCUUCAUCUGUGGAUAUUAUGACAUCUACUGUGGCAGUUGAUACUUCAGUUACAGAUGUAAUGACGUCACUAUCUACAAGUGCAAUCUUGAUAACUGCAAUUUCGUCAAUGGUAGAAGAUAAAUCGUCGAUAACAUCGAUAUCUACUUCUAUGGCAUCUAGUUUUGCAGAAUUUCAUUCAUCAGAAUAUGUCAGUGCUUUUACAUCAUCGCCUGUAAUUGCUGUGUCUAAUGAAGCUGGAUCAUUUUCAUCUGUCGACCAAACGAUCUCGACGGCAAACAUAAUGUUACAGUCAGCUUCAUCGAUAGACUCUGGAAUAAUGUUAUCGUCCACUAGUUAUAUUUCAUCUACCCUGUCCGCUUCUUCCGUUGUCGAUAUAUCACAAGCUAUUAGUUCAUCUGUUAUAUCAACACCCAUUAUAGUGUCGUCGUCUGUUGAAUCGAUGGCUACAUCUUUAGCUGCACAACCGAGUUCAGUUGAAUCAAUUUUACUAUCUACCAUGUCUGAUAUCAUUUCAUCUACGAUGAUUGUUGAAACUACUACUCUAGAAACAGCAACAGCAACAACACAGACUGUUACAACUUCAACAGAAGCGGCAACAACUACAGAAACAGCAACAACUCAGACUGUAUCAACUUCAAAAGAAGCGGCAACAACUACAGAAACAGCAACAACACAGACUGAAACAACUUCAACAGAAGCGGCAACAACUACAGAAACAGCAACAACUCAGACUGUAUCAACUUCAACAGAAGCGGCAACAACUACAGAAACAGCAACAACUCAGACUGUAUCAACUUCAACAGAAGCGGCAACAACUACAGAAACAGCAACAACACAGACUGAAACAACUUCAACAGAAGCGGCAACAACUACAGUAGCAGAAACAACUACCAAGGUUGCAACAACAACAGCGCCAUCGACGUCAGCUUCGAAUAUUGAUUAUGUGGUGGUGUUCAGAUUAAAUACAGCGACAUAUGAUAAUGUAACAGAAGCAACUCUAAAUGAACCUUCUUCAGACGAAUAUAUACAAAUAAAAGUGGGGCUUGAAGAAUAUUGGAAGAAUAAACUUGGAACAAUUUUCGUCAGCAUUACAAUAACAUCAAUUAAACUAGGAAGUAUAAUUGCAGACCACAGUGUAACGACAACGACAGAUAGUCCUGUCUCCAUUGUUAAUGCCUGUAACGAUCUAGUAAAUGGUGCGUCUUCUGUUACACUGUUAACUGCAGCUGGAAACGAAUCAAUAAAAGCAUCUAGUGCUAAUAUUACGAAAGCUGACUCACCAGGCAAUACAGCUUACAUACCGAAGUCAGCUCAGUCAACAGAUUUGUGCACUGCCUUGAAUGAAUUAUCACCAUGUAGUUCUGGCGAGGAAUGCCAAGUUACCAAUGGACACCCAUCGUGUGUUGCUAAAAAGGUUUACUCAUCAGAUGAUAAUAUUCCUUUAAUAAUGGGAGUAAGUAUUGGAGGUGUACUUUUCCUAAUGACAGUUGCUAUAAUCUUGAUGAUGGUGGCGAUGUACGCAAGAAGACGACGACAAAGAAGAAGGGGAUACAAGUCAAGAACAAGUAGUGAUGCAGACACUCCAUACGGUAUUGGAUUAAAAUAUCAUCCGUUCCAAGCUGAAACUUAUGCCGGUGGACCAGAAUACUACAACAGAAUGUUUAUGGGAGCUGGUGCAUGGUCAGAAUCAGAAUAUCCUAAUCAAGCAUACAUGAUGAAAGAUUUUCAAAUAAAGCGACCACAAAUAGAUGUAGGUUACAACGCCUCAUGAUAAAGGGUACCCUGCUUUCUUUGGUUGUUUCCUAGCCAGAAUGUCCAAAUUUUAUAAAGGAAGGUUGUAUGGGAAAUUAUAAUGUGCAAUAUUUCCAAUCAAAACAAUAGUAGCCCAUACCGUAAAAUGAUUGAUGAUAACGUUUUCGAAUUGAGUAUUUCUGUAUGAAGUUGUAUAUCAACUGAAACAGAAUCUCGAGUUAACAUUAAGACAUUGAAAGAGACAUAUUGGUGCUAAAUGUAUAUUUGCUUCCUAUGUUGUUUAUGUGUAUUUUAUGAUAAACUUUCUAAAGUGCUGUUGGUAACUUCAAUUUACAGAAAGUAACUUUAUUUUUAAAACCUGAUUAGCGGUAAUGUGUAUUAAAAUUUGACCUUAAUGGAUCCCUUAGAAAAUAUCAAGAGCAAACGUGUACACUAGUAUAUGUUAUUGAGUUAUUAAAGAAAAAAACAGUAAUUGAUCCGAUAUGUAUCAAAAAUCGACUUUUUAUGUAAAAGUCAAUGAACGACAACUCAAAAUUAAUUUCAUUUUUUGUAAAAAUGUACUGGAAAAUACCAACUACAUAACGUCAUGUUGUUUUAAGAGAUAUAUUUGUACUUGUCAUGCUCCUCGAAAAAAAAAAUUGGGAGCAUAUAGUAAUCGGUUUGUCUGUUCUUUCGUCCAUGUGUCCGAAACAAAUAGUUUCGAGAUAGUAAAUUGAAUAUCCUUUGCCUAUUUUGAAUGAAUAUUGUACAAGUGUAACAUAUACAAGAGUGGAAGAAGCCUACUGAUUUUGGGCAAUAUGUGAAAUGUCAACAGUAAAGGUCACUGCUAUUGAAAGUGUAUUUUUGAAAAAUGUUUUCGGAUAGUAACUCGAGUCUCCCUUGCUUGAUUGGAAUAAAACUUAUAUAGGAAAGGAGAAUUAGCCUGUAAAUUAUGGGUCAAUAGGUCAGAGGUCAAGGUCACUCUUACUGAAAUAGAAAAAUAAUGGAACUUUUUUUUUCCGAUUGGUAACUUGAGUUGUUCUUUCCUGAUUGGAAUGAAAGUUAAUCAAAUGAAAGAUGCAGGGAAGGGGAAGAAGCCUAUUAACAUUGGGUUCAAAUGGUCGAAGGUCAAGGUCACUGUUUCUACUAAAUAAUGAAAUUUUGUUUUACAGUUUGUUUCGGUAUGGUAUCCCACUAUGAAUUUUAACAUAAUAUACAGGUGAAAAAUUGCAAUAAUAGUACAUGAUUAUUUCCUCCUCCAAGCAUACUAGUAUUUUGUACCCUUGAAAUAAAAAUGUUUAUCUCAAUAUAUGUGCAGUUCGGCAUAAGUUGGCAGUUCUACCUUUCUACGCCGUGUAUUAAAAAACUUAAAAGAAAGACCUAUGCUCAUAUUUAAGUAUGUGUCACGAGUCCACUUACUGACAGUCUGCUGGCAGAUUUGUGUUCACAAUUAUGAAGUUGUCAUUCAUUAUAGUGUAGUAUCAUUUCAUUAUUUAAACGAUAUUUCAGUAUUUCUGAAACUAAAGAGUUAGAAAUUACGAACAAUUAAACUGUAUACAAUGAUACGUUAACGUUUUAACUAUAAAUAUUGUAGAUUUUCAAUAUAAAGACUUUUCAAGUGUGUAUUUUUCAACCAUUUUUAUGAACCAUCAGUGUGUUUAUAUUUGCUUUUUUACUUAUUAUAAUAAGAUAAAUAUUUAAUACAGCAUUUUUCUGAGCAUUAAAUAAUCAAAUUUUUGUAAUAAUAUACGAGUUUUAAACUGUUUUUAAGUUAAUGUGCAUAUAUAACGAAACAAAUGCAGGUAUUUGUUAUAAACAUUAUGUAUCUUAUGUUCUUUGAAUUGUUUGUCUUCAGUCUAAUUUCGGGGUUUUGGGGUUGUUUGUUUUAAUUCUAAUUGGUUUAGACGGGCUAAGAGACAAAUAUCGUUUUAAUAUUUAAAUAUUGGUACUAUCAUAGAGAGAUGCUUACUGUGUCAAUGUUUUUGUUACAAUAUAUUUAUAAUGUCGUAUUUUAUUUACUUUGUCUUUGUUAAGUUAUAUCUAUAAUGUCUAUAUUAUUGUCUUUGUUACAUUAUAUCUAUACUGCCAUACCUUUUUGAUAAAAAAAAAGUAUUCUA